AAGUAUCAGAGGAGAGGUCUCUGUUGUGGAUCUUUUGGAGCUUGACAUUGUGGAUGAAAAAACAUACAACAGUUUGCUUGAGGGAAAUAUGACAAGCGCUGAUGUAAUAAAAAUUAACAGUGUGAGAGACUACCUACAAGGAAAAAGUUGCGUAGCUGGGGUGAUAACACAACCUUCAAAUCAGAAGCUAAGCAUCUCUGAAGCCCAGAGAAUUGGUAUUCUCACACCUGGCACAGCCCUUUGCCUCCUUGAAGCACAAGCAGCCACUGGGUACAUUGUUGAGCCUCUGAAAAACAAAAAACUAACAGUGGAACAAGCUCUCAGAGAAAAGGUAAUCGGUCCACAGGUGUAUGAAAAGCUUCUGUCUGCAGAGAGGGCUGUCACAGGUUACACAGAUCCUUAUACUGACCAAAAGAUCUCACUUUUCCAAGCCUUGAAAAAGGAUCUAAUAGUCAAACAGCAUGGCAUCCGUUUACUUGAGGCACAGAUUGCAACAGGUGGUAUCAUUGAUCCCUUAAAGUGUCUUCACUUACCUCUUGAGGUUGCAUACAGGAAAGGAUAUUUUGACGCUGAACUUAAUCAAAUCCUAUCAGACCCUACUGAUGACACAAAGGGCUUUUUUGACCCAAAAACACAAGACAAUCUGACAUACAUCGAGAUGUUGGGCAGAUGUGUAAAAGAUGAGGAAACAGGUCUGUUACUUCUACCACUGAAUGACAUACCAAAAGAUGUGGGAACAAAGGCAAACAUGUACACUGAUGCAGAGAUAAAGCAAGAGUUUGAAAAGACAGAUGUGAGCAUAUCAGUAGGACGCUACUCAGGAAAAUCAGUUUCCCUAUGGGACUUGAUUCAUUCAGGGUACCUCACUGAGGAUCAGCGGCUUGAAUUAAUUGAAAAAUACAGAACAAGGAAGAUUAACACACAGACAAUAAUCACAUUAAUGAUUUCUACCAUUGAAAACCUGGAGAUGAGUGAAACUCCCAAAAUGAUAAUGGGCUUGAGAAAGCCUGUCUCUGCACAACAACUGCUGGAUUCUGAUAUUGUUGAUGCAGCUACAUUCAAACUGGUGAAAGAAGGAAAACUCACUUUCGAAGAAGUAACCCAACGUGAAUCCGUGAGGGGAUACCUGAAUGGAACUGGAGGAAUUGCUGGAAUCAAGGUUCAUCCAUCCCAGAAAGUCAUGAGCAUAUAUGAAGCAAAAAAGAAAGAUCUGUUGACACCUGGCAUUGCACUUCUACUGCUUGAAGCACAGGCUGCAACAGGAUGGGUAAUCGAUCCUCUCAAAAACAAGUUCUAUACUGUUGAUGAAGCAGCAAAAGAGAAAGUAAUUGGCCCAGAUGUACUUGAGCAGCUUCUUUCAGCCGAACGAGCUGUCACUGGCUAUAAAGAUCCAUACACAGAUGCAACAGUAUCACUGUUCGAAGCUAUGAAAGAACAGCUGAUACAGAGAAGUGAUGGCUUUCGUCUUCUUGAAGCACAGAUAGCAACUGGAGGAAUCAUUGACCCGAAUCAAAGUCACAGGCUACCUCUUCAUGUCGCUAUUAAAAAGGGAUAUCUGGAUGAGGAAAUAAGUAACAUACUGUUGAACCCCACUGAUGAUGCAAAGGGAUUCUUUGACCCAAAUACCAAAGACAACCUAUCCUACCUUCAAUUGAUGAAACAAUGUGAGAAAGAUCUUGAAACUGGGCUUCUUCUCCUACCCCUGUAUGAAGCCAAAGAAAAAAAGUUCAAAGGACUAAGGAAGCAGGUCUCAGCAAGUGAGCUGUACGAGUCAAAGAUUAUCUCAAAGGAACUUUUCACACAGAUUAUACAAGGGGAAAUAACUGAAGAAAAUGUUGACAAAAUGGAAUCAAUACAAAAGUACCUCGGAGCUACAAACUGCAUAGCAGGGGUCAGAGUUGAGUCUACAAAGAGAGUUAUGAGCAUCUAUGAGGCCAAAACGAAAGGCCUGCUGACCCCUGGUACAUCUCUGGUACUGCUGGAGGCACAAGCUGCCACUGGAUUUGUCAUUGACCCAGUGAAAAACAAAAAACUGUCGGUGGAGGAAGCAGCAGCUCAGGGAGUGGUUGGCAGUGAAUGGAAAAAGAAAUUGAUUUCAGCUGAGCGAGCAGUUACAGGAUAUAAAGAUCCAUAUACCGGAGACACAAUUUCUUUAUUCCAGGCUUUGAAAAAAGAACUCAUUGUGAAAGAUCAUGGCAUUCGUCUCCUUGAAGCACAAAUUGCCACAGGAGGGAUAAUUGACCCAGUGCACAGUCACAGAGUGCCUGUACAGGUGGCAUACCAAAGAGGUUACUUUGAUGAGGAAAUGAACCAGAUUCUGUCUGAUCCCGAUGAUGAUACCAAGGGCUUUUUUGAUCCCAACACACAAGAGAACCUCACCUAUCUCCAGCUGGUCGAUAGAUGUGUCACAGACCCUGUCACAGGCCUUAGUUUACUGGUCAUUGUGAAGAAAGACGAGUUUUAUUUCUUUGUUGAUGAGGCAACAAAACUCAUUCUGAAGUCUACAACAACAACCAAAGCAGGGGGAAGAUAUCAAGGAAUAUCAGUGUCGCUGUGGGAUCUCUUGUACUCCAAAUACAUCACAGAGGAGAAGAGGAGAGAGCUUGUGCAACAGUACAAGUCUGGGGGGAUCACAAUUGAACGCUUCUUGGAAAUCAUCUUGACAAUCAUUCAGCAGCAGACCACAACAAGCUCAUCAUCAUCAUCAUCAGUCAUCAAAUGUCAACUGCCAGAAGCCAAAGUGGACAACAGCACAACAAAAUCUACCAUAACGACUACAGUCACAGAGACAAGUGAAGUUAAAAAGUUCCAUGGAAUAAGAAAGGACGUUAGUGCUACUGAGCUGCUUGAAUCAAAAAUCAUCAAUGAGGAUCUCUACAAAGACCUUAGAGCUGGAAAAGUUACAGUGUCAGAAGUGAGUGAACUGGUCUCUGUCCAGAAGUACCUAGAGGGGACCAACAGCAUUGCAGGAGUGUACCUGCAGUCCACCAAAGAAACCCUAAGCAUCCAUGAAGCCAAAUGCAGAAGAUUGCUGACCCCUGGUACAUCUCUGGUACUGCUGGAAGCCCAAGCUGCCACUGGUUUUGUCAUUGACCCAGUGAAAAACAAGAAACUGUCAGUGGAGGAAGCCGCAGCUCAGGGAGUGGUUGGCGGUGACUGGAAAAACAAACUGCUUUCAGCAGAACGAGCAGUUACGGGAUACAAAGAUCCCUACACUGGAGACACAAUUUCUCUGUUCCAAGCCUUGAAAAAAGAUCUUAUUGUAAAAGACCAUGGCAUUCGUCUCCUUGAAGCACAGAUUGCCACAGGAGGGAUAAUUGACCCAGUGCACAGUCACAGAGUGCCUGUACAGGUGGCAUACCAAAGAGGUUACUUUGAUGAGGAAAUGAACCAGAUUCUGUCUGAUCCCGAUGAUGAUACCAAGGGCUUUUUUGAUCCCAACACACAAGAGAACCUCACCUAUCUCCAGCUAAUUGAGAGGUGUAUCACAGACCCUGUCACAGGCCUUAGUUUACUGGUCAUUGCGAAGAAAGGCGAGUUUUAUUUCUUUGUUGACGAGGCAACAAAACUCAUUCUGAAGUCUACAACAACAACCAAAGCAGGGGGAAGAUAUCAAGGAAUAUCAGUGUCGCUGUGGGAUCUCUUGUACUCCAAAUACAUCACAGAGGAGAAGAGGAGAGAGCUUGUGCAACAGUACAAGUCUGGGGCGAUCACAAUUGAACGCUUCUUGGAGAUCAUCUUGACAAUCAUUCAGCAGCAGACCACAACAAGCUCAUCAUCAUCAUCAGUCAUCAAAUGUCAACUACCAGAAACCAAAGUGGACAGCAGCACAACAAAAUCUACCAUAACGACUACAGUCACAGAGACAAGUGAAGUUAAAAAGUUCCAUGGAAUAAGAAAGGACGUUAGUGCUACUGAGCUGCUUGAAUCAAAAAUCAUCAAUGAGGAUCUCUACAAAGACCUUAGAGCUGGAAAAGUUACAGUGUCAGAAGUGAGUGAACUGGUCUCUGUCCAGAAGUACCUAGAGGGGACCAACAGCAUUGCAGGAGUGUACCUGCAGUCCACCAAAGAAACCCUAAGCAUCCAUGAAGCCAAAUGCAGAAGAUUGCUGACCCCUGGUACAUCUCUGGUACUGCUGGAAGCCCAAGCUGCCACUGGUUUUGUCAUUGACCCAGUGAAAAACAAGAAACUGUCAGUGGAGGAAGCCGCAGCUCAGGGAGUGGUUGGCGGUGACUGGAAAAACAAACUGCUUUCAGCAGAACGAGCAGUUACGGGAUACAAAGAUCCCUACACUGGAGACACAAUUUCUCUGUUCCAAGCCUUGAAAAAAGAUCUUAUUGUGAAAGACCAUGGCAUUCGUCUCCUUGAAGCACAGAUUGCCACAGGAGGGAUAAUUGACCCUGUGCACAGUCACAGAGUGCCUGUACAGGUGGCAUACCAAAGAGGUUACUUUGAUGAGGAAAUGAACCAGAUUCUGUCUGAUCCCGAUGAUGAUACCAAGGGCUUUUUUGAUCCCAACACACAAGAGAACCUCACCUAUCUCCAGCUGAUUGAGAGGUGUAUCACAGACCCUGUCACAGGCCUUAGUUUACUGGUCAUUGCGAAGAAAGGCGAGUUUUAUUUCUUUGUUGAUGAGGCAACAAAACUCAUUCUGAAGUCUACAACAACAACCAAAGCAGGGGGAAGAUAUCAAGGAAUAUCAGUGUCGCUGUGGGAUCUCUUGUACUCCAAAUACAUCACAGAGGAGAAGAGGAGAGAGCUUGUGCAACAGUACAAGUCUGGGGCGAUCACAAUUGAACGCUUCUUGGAGAUCAUCUUGACAAUCAUUCAGCAGCAGACCACAACAAGCUCAUCAUCAUCAUCAGUCAUCAAAUGUCAACUACCAGAAACCAAAGUGGACAGCAGCACAACAAAAUCUACCAUAACGACUACAGUCACAGAGACAAGUGAAGUUAAAAAGUUCCAUGGAAUAAGAAAGGACGUUAGUGCUACUGAGCUGCUUGAAUCAAAAAUCAUCAAUGAGGAUCUCUACAAAGACCUUAGAGCUGGAAAAGUUACAGUGUCAGAAGUGAGUGAACUGGUCUCUGUCCAGAAGUACCUAGAGGGGACCAACAGCAUUGCAGGAGUGUACCUGCAGUCCACCAAAGAAACCCUAAGCAUCCAUGAAGCCAAAUGCAGAAGAUUGCUGACCCCUGGUACAUCUCUGGUACUGCUGGAAGCCCAAGCUGCCACUGGUUUUGUCAUUGACCCAGUGAAAAACAAGAAACUGUCAGUGGAGGAAGCCGCAGCUCAGGGAGUGGUUGGCGGUGACUGGAAAAACAAACUGCUUUCAGCAGAACGAGCAGUUACGGGAUACAAAGAUCCCUACACUGGAGACACAAUUUCUCUGUUCCAAGCCUUGAAAAAAGAUCUUAUUGUGAAAGACCAUGGCAUUCGUCUCCUUGAAGCACAGAUUGCCACAGGAGGGAUAAUUGACCCUGUGCACAGUCACAGAGUGCCUGUACAGGUGGCAUACCAAAGAGGUUACUUUGAUGAGGAAAUGAACCAGAUUCUGUCUGAUCCCGAUGAUGAUACCAAGGGCUUUUUUGAUCCCAACACACAAGAGAACCUCACGUAUCUCCAGCUGAUUGAGAGGUGUAUCACAGACCCUGUCACAGGCCUUAGUUUAUUGGUCAUUGCGAAGAAAGGCGAGUUUUAUUUCUUUGUUGAUGAGGCAACAAAACUCAUUCUGAAGUCUACAACAACAACCAAAGCAGGGGGAAGAUAUCAAGGAAUAUCAGUGUCGCUGUGGGAUCUCUUGUACUCCAAAUACAUCACAGAGGAGAAGAGGAGAGAGCUUGUGCAACAGUACAAGUCUGGGGCGAUCACAAUUGAACGCUUCAUGGAGAUCAUCUUGACAAUCAUUCAGCAGCAGACCACAACAAGCUCAUCAUCAUCAUCAGUCAUCAAAUGUCAACUACCAGAAACCAAAGUGGACAGCAGCACAACAAAAUCUACCAUAACGACUACAGUCACAGAGACAAGUGAAGUUAAAAAGUUCCAUGGAAUAAGAAAGGACGUUAGUGCUACUGAGCUGCUUGAAUCAAAAAUCAUCAAUGAGGAUCUCUACAAAGACCUUAGAGCUGGAAAAGUUACAGUGUCAGAAGUGAGUGAACUGGUCUCUGUCCAGAAGUACCUAGAGGGGACCAACAGCAUUGCAGGAGUGUACCUGCAGUCCACCAAAGAAACCCUAAGCAUCUAUGAAGCCAAAUGCAGAAGAUUGCUGACCCCUGGUACAUCUCUGGUACUGCUGGAAGCCCAAGCUGCCACUGGUUUUGUCAUUGACCCAGUGAAAAACAAGAAACUGUCAGUGGAGGAAGCCGCAGCUCAGGGAGUGGUUGGCGGUGACUGGAAAAACAAACUGCUUUCAGCAGAACGAGCAGUUACGGGAUACAAAGAUCCCUACACUGGAGACACAAUUUCUCUGUUCCAAGCCUUGAAAAAAGAUCUUAUUGUAAAAGACCAUGGCAUUCGUCUCCUUGAAGCACAGAUUGCCACAGGAGGGAUAAUUGACCCAGUGCACAGUCACAGAGUGCCUGUACAGGUGGCAUACCAAAGAGGUUACUUUGAUGAGGAAAUGAACCAGAUUCUGUCUGAUCCCGAUGAUGAUACCAAGGGCUUUUUUGAUCCCAACACACAAGAGAACCUCACCUAUCUCCAGCUAAUUGAGAGGUGUAUCACAGACCCUGUCACAGGCCUUAGUUUACUGGUCAUUGCGAAGAAAGGCGAGUUUUAUUUCUUUGUUGACGAGGCAACAAAACUCAUUCUGAAGUCUACAACAACAACCAAAGCAGGGGGAAGAUAUCAAGGAAUAUCAGUGUCGCUGUGGGAUCUCUUGUACUCCAAAUACAUCACAGAGGAGAAGAGGAGAGAGCUUGUGCAACAGUACAAGUCUGGGGCGAUCACAAUUGAACGCUUCUUGGAGAUCAUCUUGACAAUCAUUCAGCAGCAGACCACAACAAGCUCAUCAUCAUCAUCAGUCAUCAAAUGUCAACUACCAGAAACCAAAGUGGACAGCAGCACAACAAAAUCUACCAUAACGACUACAGUCACAGAGACAAGUGAAGUUAAAAAGUUCCAUGGAAUAAGAAAGGACGUUAGUGCUACUGAGCUGCUUGAAUCAAAAAUCAUCAAUGAGGAUCUCUACAAAGACCUUAGAGCUGGAAAAGUUACAGUGUCAGAAGUGAGUGAACUGGUCUCUGUCCAGAAGUACCUAGAGGGGACCAACAGCAUUGCAGGAGUGUACCUGCAGUCCACCAAAGAAACCCUAAGCAUCCAUGAAGCCAAAUGCAGAAGAUUGCUGACCCCUGGUACAUCUCUGGUACUGCUGGAAGCCCAAGCUGCCACUGGUUUUGUCAUUGACCCAGUGAAAAACAAGAAACUGUCAGUGGAGGAAGCCGCAGCUCAGGGAGUGGUUGGCGGUGACUGGAAAAACAAACUGCUUUCAGCAGAACGAGCAGUUACGGGAUACAAAGAUCCCUACACUGGAGACACAAUUUCUCUGUUCCAAGCCUUGAAAAAAGAUCUUAUUGUGAAAGACCAUGGCAUUCGUCUCCUUGAAGCACAGAUUGCCACAGGAGGGAUAAUUGACCCAGUGCACAGUCACAGAGUGCCUGUACAGGUGGCAUACCAAAGAGGUUACUUUGAUGAGGAAAUGAACCAGAUUCUGUCUGAUCCCGAUGAUGAUACCAAGGGCUUUUUUGAUCCCAACACACAAGAGAACCUCACGUAUCUCCAGCUGAUUGAGAGGUGUAUCACAGACCCUGUCACAGGCCUUAGUUUAUUGGUCAUUGCGAAGAAAGGCGAGUUUUAUUUCUUUGUUGAUGAGGCAACAAAACUCAUUCUGAAGUCUACAACAACAACCAAAGCAGGGGGAAGAUAUCAAGGAAUAUCAGUGUCGCUGUGGGAUCUCUUGUACUCCAAAUACAUCACAGAGGAGAAGAGGAGAGAGCUUGUGCAACAGUACAAGUCUGGGGCGAUCACAAUUGAACGCUUCAUGGAGAUCAUCUUGACAAUCAUUCAGCAGCAGACCACAACAAGCUCAUCAUCAUCAUCAGUCAUCAAAUGUCAACUACCAGAAACCAAAGUGGACAGCAGCACAACAAAAUCUACCAUAACGACUACAGUCACAGAGACAAGUGAAGUUAAAAAGUUCCAUGGAAUAAGAAAGGACGUUAGUGCUACUGAGCUGCUUGAAUCAAAAAUCAUCAAUGAGGAUCUCUACAAAGACCUUAGAGCUGGAAAAGUUACAGUGUCAGAAGUGAGUGAACUGGUCUCUGUCCAGAAGUACCUAGAGGGGACCAACAGCAUUGCAGGAGUGUACCUGCAGUCCACCAAAGAAACCCUAAGCAUCUAUGAAGCCAAAUGCAGAAGAUUGCUGACCCCUGGUACAUCUCUGGUACUGCUGGAAGCCCAAGCUGCCACUGGUUUUGUCAUUGACCCAGUGAAAAACAAGAAACUGUCAGUGGAGGAAGCCGCAGCUCAGGGAGUGGUUGGCGGUGACUGGAAAAACAAACUGCUUUCAGCAGAACGAGCAGUUACGGGAUACAAAGAUCCCUACACUGGAGACACAAUUUCUCUGUUCCAAGCCUUGAAAAAAGAUCUUAUUGUGAAAGACCAUGGCAUUCGUCUCCUUGAAGCACAGAUUGCCACAGGAGGGAUAAUUGACCCAGUGCACAGUCACAGAGUGCCUGUACAGGUGGCAUACCAAAGAGGUUACUUUGAUGAGGAAAUGAACCAGAUUCUGUCUGAUCCCGAUGAUGAUACCAAGGGCUUUUUUGAUCCCAACACACAAGAGAACCUCACCUAUCUCCAGCUGAUUGAGAGGUGUAUCACAGACCCUGUCACAGGCCUUAGUUUACUGGUCAUUGCGAAGAAAGGCGAGUUUUAUUUCUUUGUUGAUGAGGCAACAAAACUCAUUCUGAAGUCUACAACAACAACCAAAGCAGGGGGAAGAUAUCAAGGAAUAUCAGUGUCGCUGUGGGAUCUCUUGUACUCCAAAUACAUCACAGAGGAGAAGAGGAGAGAGCUUGUGCAACAGUACAAGUCUGGGGCGAUCACAAUUGAACGCUUCUUGGAGAUCAUCUUGACAAUCAUUCAGCAGCAGACCACAACAAGCUCAUCAUCAUCAUCAGUCAUCAAAUGUCAACUACCAGAAACCAAAGUGGACAGCAGCACAACAAAAUCUACCAUAACGACUACAGUCACAGAGACAAGUGAAGUUAAAAAGUUCCAUGGAAUAAGAAAGGACGUUAGUGCUACUGAGCUGCUUGAAUCAAAAAUCAUCAAUGAGGAUCUCUACAAAGACCUUAGAGCUGGAAAAGUUACAGUGUCAGAAGUGAGUGAACUGGUCUCUGUCCAGAAGUACCUAGAGGGGACCAACAGCAUUGCAGGAGUGUACCUGCAGUCCACCAAAGAAACCCUAAGCAUCCAUGAAGCCAAAUGCAGAAGAUUGCUGACCCCUGGUACAUCUCUGGUACUGCUGGAAGCCCAAGCUGCCACUGGUUUUGUCAUUGACCCAGUGAAAAACAAGAAACUGUCAGUGGAGGAAGCCGCAGCUCAGGGAGUGGUUGGCGGUGACUGGAAAAACAAACUGCUUUCAGCAGAACGAGCAGUUACGGGAUACAAAGAUCCCUACACUGGAGACACAAUUUCUCUGUUCCAAGCCUUGAAAAAAGAUCUUAUUGUGAAAGACCAUGGCAUUCGUCUCCUUGAAGCACAGAUUGCCACAGGAGGGAUAAUUGACCCAGUGCACAGUCACAGAGUGCCUGUACAGGUGGCAUACCAAAGAGGUUACUUUGAUGAGGAAAUGAACCAGAUUCUGUCUGAUCCCGAUGAUGAUACCAAGGGCUUUUUUGAUCCCAACACACAAGAGAACCUCACGUAUCUCCAGCUGAUUGAGAGGUGUAUCACAGACCCUGUCACAGGCCUUAGUUUAUUGGUCAUUGCGAAGAAAGGCGAGUUUUAUUUCUUUGUUGAUGAGGCAACAAAACUCAUUCUGAAGUCUACAACAACAACCAAAGCAGGGGGAAGAUAUCAAGGAAUAUCAGUGUCGCUGUGGGAUCUCUUGUACUCCAAAUACAUCACAGAGGAGAAGAGGAGAGAGCUUGUGCAACAGUACAAGUCUGGGGCGAUCACAAUUGAACGCUUCAUGGAGAUCAUCUUGACAAUCAUUCAGCAGCAGACCACAACAAGCUCAUCAUCAUCAUCAGUCAUCAAAUGUCAACUACCAGAAACCAAAGUGGACAGCAGCACAACAAAAUCUACCAUAACGACUACAGUCACAGAGACAAGUGAAGUUAAAAAGUUCCAUGGAAUAAGAAAGGACGUUAGUGCUACUGAGCUGCUUGAAUCAAAAAUCAUCAAUGAGGAUCUCUACAAAGACCUUAGCGCUGGAAAAGUUACAGUGUCAGAAGUGAGUGAACUGGUCUCUGUCCAGAAGUACCUAGAGGGGACCAACAGCAUUGCAGGAGUGUACCUGCAGUCCACCAAAGAAACCCUAAGCAUCUAUGAAGCCAAAUGCAGAAGAUUGCUGACCCCUGGUACAUCUCUGGUACUGCUGGAAGCCCAAGCUGCCACUGGUUUUGUCAUUGACCCAGUGAAAAACAAGAAACUGUCAGUGGAGGAAGCCGCAGCUCAGGGAGUGGUUGGCGGUGACUGGAAAAACAAACUGCUUUCAGCAGAACGAGCAGUUACGGGAUACAAAGAUCCCUACACUGGAGACACAAUUUCUCUGUUCCAAGCCUUGAAAAAAGAUCUUAUUGUAAAAGACCAUGGCAUUCGUCUCCUUGAAGCACAGAUUGCCACAGGAGGGAUAAUUGACCCAGUGCACAGUCACAGAGUGCCUGUACAGGUGGCAUACCAAAGAGGUUACUUUGAUGAGGAAAUGAACCAGAUUCUGUCUGAUCCCGAUGAUGAUACCAAGGGCUUUUUUGAUCCCAACACACAAGAGAACCUCACCUAUCUCCAGCUGAUUGAGAGGUGUAUCACAGACCCUGUCACAGGCCUUAGUUUACUGGUCAUUGCGAAGAAAGGCGAGUUUUAUUUCUUUGUUGAUGAGGCAACAAAACUCAUUCUGAAGUCUACAACAACAACCAAAGCAGGGGGAAGAUAUCAAGGAAUAUCAGUGUCGCUGUGGGAUCUCUUGUACUCCAAAUACAUCACAGAGGAGAAGAGGAGAGAGCUUGUGCAACAGUACAAGUCUGGGGCGAUCACAAUUGAACGCUUCUUGGAGAUCAUCUUGACAAUCAUUCAGCAGCAGACCACAACAAGCUCAUCAUCAUCAUCAGUCAUCAAAUGUCAACUACCAGAAACCAAAGUGGACAGCAGCACAACAAAAUCUACCAUAACGACUACAGUCACAGAGACAAGUGAAGUUAAAAAGUUCCAUGGAAUAAGAAAGGACGUUAGUGCUACUGAGCUGCUUGAAUCAAAAAUCAUCAAUGAGGAUCUCUACAAAGACCUUAGAGCUGGAAAAGUUACAGUGUCAGAAGUGAGUGAACUGGUCUCUGUCCAGAAGUACCUAGAGGGGACCAACAGCAUUGCAGGAGUGUACCUGCAGUCCACCAAAGAAACCCUAAGCAUCCAUGAAGCCAAAUGCAGAAGAUUGCUGACCCCUGGUACAUCUCUGGUACUGCUGGAAGCCCAAGCUGCCACUGGUUUUGUCAUUGACCCAGUGAAAAACAAGAAACUGUCAGUGGAGGAAGCCGCAGCUCAGGGAGUGGUUGGCGGUGACUGGAAAAACAAACUGCUUUCAGCAGAACGAGCAGUUACGGGAUACAAAGAUCCCUACACUGGAGACACAAUUUCUCUGUUCCAAGCCUUGAAAAAAGAUCUUAUUGUGAAAGACCAUGGCAUUCGUCUCCUUGAAGCACAGAUUGCCACAGGAGGGAUAAUUGACCCAGUGCACAGUCACAGAGUGCCUGUACAGGUGGCAUACCAAAGAGGUUACUUUGAUGAGGAAAUGAACCAGAUUCUGUCUGAUCCCGAUGAUGAUACCAAGGGCUUUUUUGAUCCCAACACACAAGAGAACCUCACGUAUCUCCAGCUGAUUGAGAGGUGUAUCACAGACCCUGUCACAGGCCUUAGUUUAUUGGUCAUUGCGAAGAAAGGCGAGUUUUAUUUCUUUGUUGAUGAGGCAACAAAACUCAUUCUGAAGUCUACAACAACAACCAAAGCAGGGGGAAGAUAUCAAGGAAUAUCAGUGUCGCUGUGGGAUCUCUUGUACUCCAAAUACAUCACAGAGGAGAAGAGGAGAGAGCUUGUGCAACAGUACAAGUCUGGGGCGAUCACAAUUGAACGCUUCAUGGAGAUCAUCUUGACAAUCAUUCAGCAGCAGACCACAACAAGCUCAUCAUCAUCAUCAGUCAUCAAAUGUCAACUACCAGAAACCAAAGUGGACAGCAGCACAACAAAAUCUACCAUAACGACUACAGUCACAGAGACAAGUGAAGUUAAAAAGUUCCAUGGAAUAAGAAAGGACGUUAGUGCUACUGAGCUGCUUGAAUCAAAAAUCAUCAAUGAGGAUCUCUACAAAGACCUUAGCGCUGGAAAAGUUACAGUGUCAGAAGUGAGUGAACUGGUCUCUGUCCAGAAGUACCUAGAGGGGACCAACAGCAUUGCAGGAGUGUACCUGCAGUCCACCAAAGAAACCCUAAGCAUCUAUGAAGCCAAAUGCAGAAGAUUGCUGACCCCUGGUACAUCUCUGGUACUGCUGGAAGCCCAAGCUGCCACUGGUUUUGUCAUUGACCCAGUGAAAAACAAGAAACUGUCAGUGGAGGAAGCCGCAGCUCAGGGAGUGGUUGGCGGUGACUGGAAAAACAAACUGCUUUCAGCAGAACGAGCAGUUACGGGAUACAAAGAUCCCUACACUGGAGACACAAUUUCUCUGUUCCAAGCCUUGAAAAAAGAUCUUAUUGUGAAAGACCAUGGCAUUCGUCUCCUUGAAGCACAGAUUGCCACAGGAGGGAUAAUUGACCCAGUGCACAGUCACAGAGUGCCUGUACAGGUGGCAUACCAAAGAGGUUACUUUGAUGAGGAAAUGAACCAGAUUCUGUCUGAUCCCGAUGAUGAUACCAAGGGCUUUUUUGAUCCCAACACACAAGAGAACCUCACCUAUCUCCAGCUGAUUGAGAGGUGUAUCACAGACCCUGUCACAGGCCUUAGUUUACUGGUCAUUGCGAAGAAAGGCGAGUUUUAUUUCUUUGUUGAUGAGGCAACAAAACUCAUUCUGAAGUCUACAACAACAACCAAAGCAGGGGGAAGAUAUCAAGGAAUAUCAGUGUCGCUGUGGGAUCUCUUGUACUCCAAAUACAUCACAGAGGAGAAGAGGAGAGAGCUUGUACAACAGUACAAGUCUGGGGCGAUCACAAUUGAACGCUUCUUGGAGAUCAUCUUGACAAUCAUUCAGCAGCAGACCACAACAAGCUCAUCAUCAUCAUCAGUCAUCAAACGUCAACUACCAGAAACCAAAGUGGACAGCAGCACAACAAAAACUACCAUAACGACUACAGUCACAGAGACAAGUGAAGUUAAAAAGUUCCAUGGAAUAAGAAAGGACGUUAGUGCUACUGAGCUGCUUGAAUCAAAAAUCAUCAAUGAGGCUCUCUACAAAGACCUUAGCGCUGGAAAAGUUACAGUGUCAGAAGUUAGUGUACUAGACUCUGUCCGGAAGUACCUAGAGGGGACCAACAGCAUUGCAGGAGUGUACCUGCAGUCCACCAAAGAAACCCUAAGCAUCUAUAAUGCCAAAAGCAAAGGCCUGCUGACCCCUGGUACAUCUCUGGUACUGCUGGAAGCCCAAGCUGCCACUGGUUUUGUCAUUGACCCAGUGAAAAACAAGAAACUGUCAGUGGAGGAAGCCGCAGCUCAGGGAGUGGUUGGCAGUGACUGGAAAAAGAAACUGCUUUCAGCAGAACGAGCAGUUACGGGAUACAAAGAUCCCUACACUGGUGACACAAUUUCUCUGUUCCAAGCCUUGAAAAAAGAUCUUAUUGUGAAAGACCAUGGCAUUCGUCUCCUUGAAGCACAAAUUGCCACAGGAGGAAUAAUUGACCCAGUGCACAGCCACAGAGUGCCCGUGGAGGUGGCAUACCAAAGAGGUUACUUUGAUGAGGAAAUGAACCAGAUUCUGUCUGAUCCCGAUGAUGAUACCAAGGGCUUUUUUGAUCCCAACACAAAAGAAAACCUCACCUAUCUCCAACUCCUUGAGAGAUGUAUAACAGAUCCCCAUACGGGCCUUUGUUUAUUGCCCUUGCAUAAGUGAAGAUCUUUUUACAACCAUUUGUUCCUGAGAGUUGGUUCAAUCAUUUGAAACUUUCUACUUUAAAUUAAUAAUAAUUCCUCUUUGUUGUAUUUUCUCUCUUAUAUCUCUAUGAAUAAUAUUUGAAAUAGUUUGUGGUUGUUCUUGAAGAAAGCCAGUGAGAAAAAUACAUGCAUAUUGUACUGUACCUGUCACUUGUGUGUCAUGGAUGAAGAAUAGAAUAAAAAGUGUGUUAGAGAAAAACGGUCUAUACCAUUAUGGGAAUAUAUUGUUAAAGAAACAAAGUCAUUUUUGCUCACCAUGUGCCCUAUAAACAUUUUUAAUGAUGAGCUGUCGUGAUUCCUUAAGAAAUUAAGAAAAUGCUAUGAUUCCAUUAGAAUUCAACACAUCGCAAAUUAAAUCUUAAAAGAUAAAACUGCAUUUGAUAUGUCAAAUGUUUGCUUUGACUUUAGAAUGAGUUCAUAUUGAAAAAUAUGGUACAUAUUUGUGGCCCAAGUCUUUUUUGUUUUUCACAUAUCACAAAUUUUGAAUUCAUGAUACAUAUUUUCCGUGAUUUAAUAUUGGUUUAUGCUAUAUGGGGGUUCUGUGAGUUUGAUUGUUCUUGCACAUACAAAUCAAUGCAUCAAAUCUAAUGCAACUAAAUGACAUUCAGCUUAGCUUACUUUUACCUUGCCUACAGAAGCUGGACUUUUAUUUUGUAAGACUCUGGCUAGAGCUCUUUUUUUUAACUGAAAUAUGUUGUAUUUUCUUCUCAAGUAAAUGUGAGUGGAGUGAAUAUUAGUUAUGUCAGGCCUGUUUGGCUCCAUUUCAAUUUCAGCCAUGCACUAAUACUGGAUUUGACUAUUUUUGUAAAACCUUUCUUCCCUAAACUAAUUGUGUGGCCCAAUAAAUAAGUGAGAUGUGAGUGCUAUGUCUUGCCUUCUUUUCAGUAAUUUUGACACUUUUGGAUUUGUCAUGCUGGUUUUGAUGUGUAUAAAGUCAGUACACCACAUACUGUACAAAUUAAAUGUUCUGGUCAAAAAUCACUUUAAUGGGUUGUAAAAUUUCUAGAACCCCAA